GGAGGGGAGGGGGGCAGGGAGAGGCAGGACGCGGCUUCCGCCAUAUUGUAUGAGCGGCCCUGAGGCAGGCCGGCACUGAGCCCGGGACAGCAGCGCAGCGGCACUCCGGCCCUCGGCAUCAUGUCAGAGACCUACGAUUUCCUGUUUAAGUUCCUGGUUAUCGGCAGUGCGGGGACAGGAAAAUCAUGUCUUCUUCAUCAGUUUAUUGAAAACAAAUUCAAACAGGAUUCCAACCACACGAUCGGAGUGGAGUUCGGAUCAAAAGUAGUUAAUGUUGGCGGCAAGACAGUUAAGCUACAGAUCUGGGACACAGCAGGGCAAGAGCGUUUCAGGUCGGUAACGAGGAGUUACUACCGAGGAGCAGCAGGUGCACUUUUGGUAUAUGACAUCACAAGCCGUGAGACCUACAACGCACUCACAAACUGGUUGACAGAUGCCCGGACCCUUGCCAGUCCUAAUAUCGUCAUUAUUCUCUGUGGGAACAAGAAGGACUUGGAUGCUGAUCGGGAGGUCACGUUCCUGGAGGCUUCACGCUUUGCACAAGAAAACGAGCUGAUGUUCCUGGAGACCAGCGCGCUGACUGGGGAGAACGUGGAAGAAGCAUUUCUGAAGUGUGCAAGGACCAUCUUAAAUAAAAUUGAAUCAGGUGAGCUCGACCCCGAGCGCAUGGGCUCAGGGAUCCAGUACGGCGACGCCUCGCUACGCCAACUUCGGCAGCCCAGAAGCAUGCAGACGCAAAACAAACAGCAGUGCAACUGCUAGGCACGGUGGCCGUGACUCGAUGCUGUGGAGCUCAUGUAAGAGCAGUGCUGCAAGUUGAUCGGUUUGACGGAAACCUUACGACCAGGGGGUGAAGCACUGGCCUUGGUUGGUUUAUCUGGGGGGUUGGUGCCUUGCCUUGAGGUCUAAUGACCCAGUGAUCCUCCUUGUACAGUAUACUGUGUGUCAUCUGCCUGUUCAGUGAGCAAUCCUCCCAGUUCUAAUGUUUUAUAUAACUGUAUCCCUAUUGGUUAGCUUUCCUAGCCACAUGACUCCACAGGGUGUAAAGAUGGAAAAUAAUAUCCUCUUUUUUUUUCCAAAAAGAGACCACACAAAAUGUGUCUGUGUGUGGAAUGGUUUAGAUUCUCCCAUUUGGGCUGUUUAAUUUUUAUUUCAGUGAAGGGUAAUGCUACUUAAACCCAAGACUAUACUGGUAAACCCUGUGCAAUAGACUUUAUUCACCACCCACCAUUCUGAGUGUAAUUAUUAGUCAAAUUGGUCAAUGUAGAUAGAUUCAUUCCAUUCUCACCUAAUCGCAACCUAUUGUGCUUUAGCACGAGCUGCACAAUAACAUUUAAUUUAACUUUGUUUGACUAUUGCCAGCAUUAUCAAUCCCAAAUCUGCGUGGGUAGCACUAUUUUUUUUGCACUGGGUGAAUUGGUUUCUCGUUCUCUCAUUUUAAUCAUCAGGGGUGGUGCGCAGCCUGCUGACCCAAAAUGCUGUCUCUAGUCCCGACUUUCAGACCUGCCUCCUCCUUCCCUGAUAACCUUGCGUAUCUGAGACAGAGCGAGGAUGCUCCUCUGCCGAGUUUCUCUUACCGUGUUGUACCCUGUCCCCUUUGCGCUGUCUUGCAUUGCAAGGGUUGGAUUUUGAGCAUCAGAGACGGCAAGGGAGACCGUUCAGGCCGAUCGUGACCAAGUGCGCUGUCAGUCCUCUGGCUUCCUUGUCACGCUUCCCAGGCGUGUGACAAGCUCCCAGUCACGGUCCUGAUGCAGCUAUUUGAGGACGGGAGUCCCAGCUUCCCAAGAAAUAUGAAGGAAUUCCUCUAAUUUGAAGGCAAGCGUUUAGUGCUCGUUGGGUUGGGUGGGGGUGGUGCUGAUUCUAUGACAGUUAUCUUGAGGAUGACCUACCCCUUGGCCCCACAGAGUUCACAGCCGGUUAUGACCUCAGUCUGUGACUGAACGUGGCAGUGGUUGGGUUGGGUUGUCCAGGUCCUGAUGUGUUCCAGUAUAAAGGCCACCUACAUUCCUGUACUGUCCAGAGUAUUGAGGAUGAGCCUCCAAGUCUUCUUCUCCAGCACUGGGAACAGUUCCUGGUAUGAUGGUGGAUGGCCACUGCGACUGGUUUAGCAUUUUCAACAAGCAGCCGCCAUCCCCUGCAACUGCCUUUAGAAUUGGCAGGCUCUUCACCGCCCCACCCCAGCAAUGCCGCCGAUGACUAAACCUGAACCCUGCGGUCGUUCAGCGUUACCGUACAAGUGGCUCCAUCCACCUUCAACAUUUCAUCCAUGAGCCAAUAGCUGGUUUUACUGUCAGUCUCAGCUGUACAUCCCUAUCGCCCCUCUCCCCACCAAACUCGGAGCAACUGAAGAGCAAAAAGUUUACUGUACUAAGGAUCCCUUUCAGGGGUUCCCAAUCCACGGACACCUUGCUUAAUGGUAAUGCCAAGGCUUCGAUUGGGGGAAGAAAGUCAAGCUGUUCCUCAGCCAAUCCUGCUUCCUACGAAUCUCCUGUCCCCUUGCCCUUGUUGCAUUAGCUGCUGCAGUGUUCCCAACCAGAUUAUUUUCUGCUGAUUUACCACGGCACACUCCAAAGAUGGGUCUAACCUGCCUAUACAUAUCAGACUAGUGGAGGGACAUUCCUUGCCGCGCAGCUAUUGUCACGAGGACAGAUGGAUGGGGGCUACAGGGAGACUGAAACAGUUGCUCACAGCAGGCAGUUCCAUUUAACACACUAACUCUAAGUUCCUUGAGCUUUAGAGUUGAGUAAACCUUUCAUGAAUUGGGUGUUGGCUGGGGUCAGGGUCGUCACUGGCAGUUGCAGCACCCACGAUCUGGUAGAUGGGCAGAGAGCAAAACUGAGCUCGCACCUUGUGUCCCAAGUAUGAGUAGCCCUGUAGCAUUCAAUGUCUUUGUUCAGACUGGACGAAUGACCACAGCUAGAGUAGCAGAGCAGUCUUUGACCUUAGAACAGUAUCCAGUAAGAAAUAUCAAUAUUCUUAAUGGCCAGGGAGAGGGGUUCAGGCAAUGUAUAGACUGCAACCUUUUGUUUAUUUCUGUGAAAUGUCCUCACCAGUUCUUGUUCCAAUUGGGCCUUUUGACCACUCCAACCCUGCCAACUGCAAAGUGGUUGUUAAAUAUCUGUGGACACUUCUGAGGGGCUUCUAAAGGGCCAUAAUGCCUUGUUUUCUCAGCUACGCUUCCCCAGGAAGCAUUCCCUCGGAUGCAGGAGUUUUGUUCCAUCGUAAUUUCAACCUGAUGUUGUCAGAGCGUUGAGCAAUGUGCCACAAAAUAGGCCUCCAUCCUGCAGGAUUCGCUGUUGGACAGUACAGUGUACCCAUAUGUUACACCUCUAGGAAUUGAGUUGUGUUUUUCAGCCUAGUCCAAUCCUCACCUCAUCUCCACAUGAACCAAAGGUCAUAGCUGGUCUCAGUUGAGCAACCAAGCCCAAAUUCAGAGAAUCCCACUUGAGUGCACCGUCCCUGGGACAAGAAAUUUCGCCACACGUGUGUUGGCCAAAUCCAGAUGCAAAUUGUCUUUUCCAGAAAUGGGAAGAAUAAGGAUUCGGAACGAUAGUGAGCACUGCUGUUGUAAUCUACCUGCACUGUAUCUCUGCACCCAUUCUCCCCGAUUCUCUCUCACUCCGCCUCUCCCUCCUGCUUCCACCCAUCCCCCUCUCAUGUUGCUCCCCUCCCUUGUCCUCUCUCUCUCACACAGACAUAAUUUAUCAAUAGUAAUUAUCACCAAACGAGACCUCCCCUCAGCAGACUGUCCAUCAAUCUGUUGCUCCCCUCUGGGACGAGAGAGCAGGUUUUGGAAUAUAUAUCAAACUGAGGUAGCAAGUGAUGGCUGGAAGUAAGCAAGCAGGAAGGUACAUAUCAGACAGUUGUAUAUAGUUUAUAUACCACAUAGAUCACAUAUGGUAUAUAGACUAUAUAUGCAUUCUAUCAUCUAGACCAGGGGUUCAACGUUUCUAAGUCAUUGACUAAUACCAUUAAGCAAGGAAUCUGUGGACCCCAGGUAGGAAAUCCUGAUCUACUGUAUAUGAACGCAUUCCAUUUCAGUGCAGACACACGCCAGGGGUUGCGAUAAUGAUUAAAGCGUGCAGUUCAGUACCGGCAGUUUAUGAUGUCGCCUGACCUCGAGUGUGUUACAGGAUGGUUUGAUGCGUUUCCUGGUGAGGUGCCCAGCUGUUGGAUGCUGUGCCCUCUGCUUCCCGCUGCUGGUUUCCUCUCCGCCCCUCACCUUCCUGAAGAGGCGAAGGAAGUCUGCAUCCGCUGCCUCCCACGCCAGCCCUCGCGUUAGUGUGACCAAAGCACGCUGGGUUUCUGCGUUCGUUCACCGAGGAAACGGCCAGUCCCUGUGGCAGUGUUUGAGGGUAGACGCUGUCCUUUGAGGAAUGGUGCAAGCUCCCCGAGUCGGUCAGUCAGGCAGGGCAGCAACUGGGUCGGUGGCUGUCAGCUGGACCUUGGCCUUUGGCAAAAGCAGCUGCAGCCUCUGCUUUCGGGACCGAGGCUGAUGGCCGAUGCGUGAUCCUUUCUGACUGCCCCUCACGUUGAACAGUGAGCUUUCUAACCUUACCAAUGUCACUGGUUAUGCGCUACAUGACGCUGGUACAUUCGAGACCCACCUUCCCCUCCCCAGACCUGGAAGAACUGCUUUUAGAUUUCUGAUGCUUGAUGAGUCGCAACGAGGCCCCUUGAAUUAUCCAGCUGCCUGAAACCCUCCCAUGUGAGGUUAUCACGUGGAACUGCUAACUUUGUGCUUUCAGACAGAUGCUAACUGCAGUUGAAAUUCAUACCUAAGGAAGUCAUGUCGUAUUUAACACUGUCACUGUAACUAGACACUCCUCUCCGUUCCCAAACGCCUCUGUAGUCAAAUUCAAUACAUUCCAUGCAACCGCGUUUUCUAUCACAUUCUUUUCUCUUGCUUUUUUAUAUCACCACCUUCCCCGUCCUUGGUCCCAACUAAAAAUGCCUCCAAAGUCUUACAUUUCGUGAACACCUUCCAGUUGUAGGGAGGGCCCACCGAACGAUAAAGCAGCCUUCUCCGAUCCCAAGAAGCGCUUGCAGAGAUAAACCUGAACUGUAGUUUCCCUCAACUGAUGACAGUGUUUCACUAACCAAAGGAAUUUCACCUUAAUCUGAAAUUUGAGUCAUUUUUGACCCUAUUUUUAAAAUAAUAACUCUUAAGAGCAUCUUAUCAAUUAAUAAUUCCAGUAUCUCUUAAGAGCAUCUUACCAGCAAGUUUGUAUUCAGAUUUUACUGACAGUGGAACUACCUAAUUAUUAAAUAACUCAGUGUUGUUUACUAAUUAGACAGUUGGUCUGGCACAUUUCGGGAAGGAAGUGAAAGGAGUAACUGUUUCCACUAGUUCAGCUUGUCAGAGACCAGCUGAUUAUUUGUGCAUUGGGUCAUUUACUGACCCUGCACGCCGCAUCGGGUGCAGCGCGUCUACAGCACACCACUGGGCGGCUAUCCCACCACAGUGCAGGUCAGACCGAGCCUCAGGAAUUCUCCCGCGCCAUUGCGUGAAGACCAGUCAACAGUUGCAGUACAGUGCCCGUUGGCCAUUGUUGGGGGUGCAAAGAGUAAUUUAUGGAGCUGGCAGGAGGGUGGGGGGGGCCAGGUUUCGUCACCAAAGCAUGCAGGCUGUCUUUGUUUAAAUGUGCUCUUGCCCUCAGCCCACAAAAGAGAGAUUGCGCUCAUGUGGUUAGCCAGCUACUGAAUGCUCCCUACAGGCCAUGCAGUUCACUCACGUAAUUUCGCUUUUUCUGGAAGCUUUUCCCUUUGAAUUUGCUUCUGAUUUUUUCCCCUCCUGAGAUCCGGUGCACACACAGAUUCCUCUCACUCCUCUCCCACAUGUGGUGACGUUCGGGGGGGGUUUACCUUGAGAUGAGAGCAUUACACAAGCCCCCCCGGACAACUCAGAAACAUGGACUGAAUCUAAGUCCGUACUUGUGUCACCAUCAUGUUGAGAUAAAGAACAAGAGCCUAUCCGUGGCCAAUACCCUUUUCCUGCUGAUGCCCGGUGCUUGCUUGGAUACGGUUACAUUGUUUUAAAUAACUUUGCCCAGGAGCACCCACAAGGCAGGUCUCUCUGAUCUGUGCUGUCAGUGGAGCAGAGAGAAGGGACUCCAGAACUUGGGAGGAGGUUUGGAUGGAAGAAAUAUCACAACAAGGUUGGCGUGAUGCCCCCUGGAGUUGAACGUCUUGCUGGCUCUCCAUAUUAACAGCAAGAGUGACUACUUUAGAAGCCUCUGGCUGGGGUCCCUUCCCUCUGACACAGGAGGAGGAUAAAUGCUUGGAUGAGGGAGGAAGCACCACAAAACCUUUUUCCAUAAAAUACAGGAAUCUUACCCUGACGCACCAUAAACCAGUUGCUCUCCAAUCAAUCAGACCACUCCCCCACCCCCACCACCUUGAUUCCAUGGAUCUUCCAGUAAUUUGCCGUACAUUCUCAGAAAUGGGAUUCAAAGACUUUCUUGUGGUCUUCCCUGGAGCUGCUGUUUCUUCUCGCUGGAAUUCCAGCAGAUUCCCUGACUGCCGGGUUUAAAGACAACCAGAACCAUUGUGAGGUAGCUGUUGGCGUACUGCUUGAUGGGUUCUGUGCAUUUGGAGCAUAUCUGUAAAUAGGUUUGCCUUUUCUUUCCCAUUGGUGUUAUUUAUUCUUGCCUACAUGGCUGUGUUUAUUUGCCACACGUCAAAGUGUCUGCACAAAGGAAGUUGGUGAGACCCAGGUUGGUAGCUGGACUUAAUGGAGUUUUGUUGUGUUUUAAGGCUGUUGUUUCGCUGGUGUUUUAGCACCCGUCCGUAGUGUUGUUUGAAAGGGGCUGGUGUUUUAGCGCCCGUCCGUAGUGUUGUUUGAAAGGGGCUGGUGUUCUGUGCUUUGCAGUUCCGGAUGCCUGUGUGCCACAGUCCCCUUCAGAGCUGGACAUGCUCCCCACUGCCUGCACAGGUCAUGUUGGCCACUGUCCCUGUCUCUCUUGGACAUGGAUUUGUAAACACUGGUGGAUUUAGAUGGUGUGUGGGGACAAGAUAGCUCAGAGCAAGCAAGCCCACCUCCCUGGCGAAAACAGCUGAGAGAGAGAGAGGAGGGGCUCACCAUUCCCCAGUGCCUCUUUACAUCCGGCCCUCUGUGUCCAUUAGAGUCUCCCUCAUUGGCUGUGGCACGAGAACCACAUGACUUGAAGCUUCACUCUGAUUGGAAGGAUCACCGAGCGAAGUGCCGUAAGACCAGUGACCCUGGUUCUAAGUUUCAGAGUGCGCAACAAGGUCAUCUCCAGCCAACUGCAUCUCCUCCAUGAGUCUCCCUCAUUCUUCCCUCACUCCCACACCAUCUGCUGAGAGCCACCACUAGACAGGCAUUCAAGCUUUCUGAUUCCACCCCCAACUCCCCACAUCCAUGCCAUCUAGAGCGACACAUACCUGCAUUUCUUUUUCAUAUACCACAUUCACCAAGAAAACAGGGACUCCUGUGUAAAGCAGAGACCAGGAGACCAUCCUUGCUGACAGGCUCUGGGAAUGACUUCCCUGUUGGCAAUCCAGUGCCAGGGAUGUGCUGAGGGACAGUCUAGUCAAGGCCCUCAAUGCAUCCCUGGAAUUGGCUAACAGUGAACUUCGAACUCUGACACAGGAUUGCCAAAGAGGGAAGUCGUUUUCCCAAACUGAUCUCAUCCCUCCAAAAAAAAACAUACAAUUCAUGAAAGGCGGCAUUGAAAGAAAAUGAACCAUUUUCUUUCAUCCCGGGAGGGCUCACGGUCCUGAAGCUUAGCUUCCUUAUCCUGGUAAGCGUAGGGUCCACUUGGAUCUCCUUAGCGUGAGUGUCGGAGAGUGAAACUGGGGAAGGUGUGUGGGGCCGAACACAAUGACAUCCAUGUUGAAACAUCCUGACACAAGUCUUGAAUAAACAUCACCCAUUCCUCUUCCUCCCGCCUUGGCAAGAACACACCUUUCUGUUCUGAGCUGAAGGUAUAAAACCAAAAAUCAAACUAUUCCCCCCCCCCGUAUUCUUUUCUGUCCCGUUCAAGUAAUUUAUUGAAAUUGGAAUUACUCAGUGGAAUAGCAGCUAUCUCGAUCUAUUCUGUGUGUUAAUGCCUGACUGUUAAAGGAGUGUCAGUGGAAUUAAAUGGAGACAGGUUGCUGUGGCCUUGUUAAGGUACGUGAUCUACAAAAUAAUAACCCAUUGUGUCUUGUGCCUCUCAGUAAGUGUGUGGAGAGCAUAUGCACAGAGACUGCACUAUAAAUCUUAUUUUGAAAAGCACUCGUACUGUGAUUUGGGGAAAGAUUAAAUCUCCACUGAUUCCUUGUGUUAAAUUGUUUUUUUGUUUUGAUUUUGUGUUUUAUUUUUGCUUAUACGUGCAUUCAUACAUGUCUUGCAACUUGUUGCUAACAGCACGUUGCCUCAGAUGUACCAGAUUCCUGUAACAAAGUCUUUGAUUUCAUUAAAACACCUUAAAAUUGCA